GGCCAACUGAUGACUACCUUACCAAAGAUAUAAAAGCAAAGAUUCAAACCUUUUGUGAACCUUGGAAGAAGAAGCUGGGGAAGAAAGUGAACAUGAAGACAUUAUCUGCUGAUCCUGGGUCUUUCGUACCCUUUUUGUUAUCUUUGAACGCAGAAUUUGAGAGAGAACACGAUGAUCAUAAGUCAUUUGACGUAAGACGACGUCCUCUCUCGAAACUGUUAUCCUUACUGCCAAAGGUUUCUGUUCACUGGAGGGUUAUUACCUUGAGUAUGAACGCGCUGUCUUCUUUUGUGAAACUUCCUUUACCCCGCAAUUACCAAAGCCAAUUAGAGCUGUUUUUCAAUGUCUUUGAUUUCAAGAAACUCCGGUACAAAAGAGCUCUUUGGUAAUGUUAUUAAAAAAGAUGGGUUUUCAGUUGACUUUCUUUUUAAUAAAAGACAACAAUCUGGCCAUGGUGCCUCGUUCCAAAAAUUAGAUCUCACUCUUGAUGAUUUCUCUCUGGAAGAAGUUGAUAAUACUUAUUUGGCUAUUAUCUUGGAUUCUGGAAGAAAGUCUGUUUUCACUGCUGUUAUUGGCUCUAUAUCAAACAGACAAGUACGCAGAUGCACUACAUCCGAAUACUAUCAUAUGGCAGGGUCAACGAAAUAUUGUAAGAAAUUGAACAGUAUGAAAGCUGUUACAGGAAUAGAUCUAGUAGAAAGUCAAAUCCCCUCGUUAAAGACCUCUCGUCUAGGAGUAUAUGAGGCGUUCACCAGUUAUAUACUCAAUAACUUAGACGCUCUCUUUAGUUUUUAUGGACAUGAAACAGCAAAGGACAGGUUUACGUUGUACCAAGGAAGGCAAAGAGCACCCGAAACUAUGGCCAACAUGUUGACUCAUGGAACGGCCAAGUACAAUCGCAAGAAGAGAAGCAAGGCAAGGAAGAGAAAAAAACAGCGGAAGAAGAAGAAGAAUGGAAAGAAUGUCAACGAACAGCAGCCAACAAAUGCCAAGAAGUGGAAGGCUGAUAAAUACUUGGAAUCCCCUAGAAGGGUGCCACUGAUUGUGUCUGGUGCUGGUAUGUUUGGCAAAGAUGUGGUGUUGCCGGUAAACUUUUUACAACUCUGAAGAAACGUGAGGCUGAAGGUCAAUUGAUUGUUGUCACAAUCGAUGAAUUCAAAACCUCUAAAACAUGCAGCCUCUGUU